AUGACGCCGCAGGAGUUGCCGGACUCUGUCGCGCCUGAUCUGGACUCCGUCGUUGAGGUGCCGGACUCCGUCGCGCUGGACAACAUCGAGAUGACGCCGCAGGAGUUGCCGGACUCCAUCGCGCCUGAUCUGGACUCCGUCAUUGAGGUGCCGGACUCCGUCACGCUGGACAACGUGGAGCCACUGGACUCCGUCGAGGAGGUGCCAGACUCCGUCGAGGAGGUACAGUGUCUUCGCUGCGGCACGUUCCACGCUGGCGGCGUCUUCGAAGAAGCCUGCUUCCAAGCUCACCGCAACGCUCGCAGGUGUGCCCGUUGUGGCCUUUUGCAUGAAGACUACGAUGUGCUAGCAAGGUUCCUCUAUGGCGUGGACAAGUUUGAUUGUGAGUUCUUCAUUCCUGAUGUGGAAAACUUGAAAUGCAUGGGAGAUUACUAA